AUGGCCUCCGAAAUUAUCUGCUCAGCAUGUAGUUGGUCGCCCACACGUCAAGAGGGGUGUCGGUACAACAGUCAUGUGAACGUUUUCUACGGUGUCAGCGAUCGAGGAAACGGUCCAUUUGAGCCGCCCAAUUUCGAAGCUCUCAAUAUCCGCUUUUUGGCCGAAAGAACUUCAAUACCUAUACCCAAAAUUGUUGAAGAGUGGCAGGAAGAUAAUCGGAUAUGUUUCCUGCUUAGGAAACGGAUUUAA